UCAGGGAGGAGGCGAUUGCAGUGUCGGGGGACUUGUCUGUGUGUGUGUGUGUGUGUGUGUGUCUGCCAGUCUGAUUGACUAACACCUCCAACGCCCAUAAAGCACAAACAUCCAGGAAAUGAGCCGAGCCGCACGAGGACCAUCCGCCACGCAUCUCUGAGUCCGUGCGUCCGCGUGCCGUGGUCCGUGAUUGGAGCCUUUGUCUCAUGUUUGUCAUCCGCCGCAGAACUCACCUGCUUUAGGAACGCUACCGUCCGCACCCCACACUUUGGAUAAUUACGACUAUUUGACUCCUGUCCAUGCGAAAAAUGGCAACCCAGGUCGACAGAGAAGCCUGUAGAGAGGCUUACAAUGAGGUCCGAGACGACAACACGGACACCAACUGGGCUGUGUUCAAGUAUGAGGGCUCUAUGAUCGUACCUGCAGGACAAGGGACUGACUAUGACGACUUCAAGAGGAUGUGCACAGAUGACGCUCGUCUUUUUGGAUUCGUCCGAGUCAAAACAGGAGACGCCAUGAGCAAACGGACCAAGUUCACCCUCAUCACCUGGAUCGGCGAGAACAUCAGUGGGCUCCAACGCGCCAAGAUCAGCACCGACAAGACGCUGGUCAAAGAAGUCGUGCAGAACUUUGCCAAGGAGUUCAUGAUCAGCGACCCGAGGGAACUGGACGAGGACUACAUCCGCACAGAACUGAAGAAGGCGGGCGGAGCCAACUACGACGCUCAGGCCGAGUAGACAAGUGCCACUGGAAGGGGCUGGGUUGGGAGGGGGGCUGGAGGGGCAGGGCAGGGUUUGGGGUGGGUGUGGGGAGUGUUAGGGCAGGGCUGCUACCUCUGGAGGGGGCGAAGUGGGACGGAGAGGACACGAGUCAAAGAUCAAGCCUCAUUCGUUAUGGUCUUAAAAUACUUCCCCGAGUUCAUGCUGAUUAGCAUUUUUAAAAUUAUCUUCCGGGGAUCAUUCACUGUGUAGACCAACCCCUUUAAAGGCCCAUUCAUGUUCUACAGUAAAGACACAUACGUAUAUGGUCAUUACGCUGGUAUUUCUGUUUGUCCUCUGGGAGUUUGUGGAUGCGAAACCAAACAGAGAAUACAGAGCAGUAACACCAGGAACCAUAGGGGAAGUGCUGAGAUUUGAAUAGAAUAAUUUCCAGAAAUGGCGGAACGUUUUAAAGAGUGACUGUUUGAGUUAGUGAAAAACUAUCGACAUAUUUACAGCAACUUCCUCAAGGGUGGCCCAAGCCAGUAUGAUCAUUGAGCCGGUCCCAAGCCUGGAUAAAUGCAGAGGGUUGUGUCAGGAAGGGCAUCCGACGUAAAACUUUAGCCAAUACAACCAUGCGAAUCACAACAACUGCCCUCCCAAUAUUAACAUUAUUAAUACCUCCUCUGUCGUCGUCAUGUUUGUUGUGACAUUCUUCUUCUCAAAAAAUGUUACUCUUCGUCGUGGUAUUCGGCCAGUAUGUUAAUUAGGAGUGGCGCCCUCUGGUGGAUUGAUGCCAAACGCUCAUCCCAAUGCAAUGGACGGAUCCAAGUAUGAAGGCAAUGACAGUUGACAGUGUUUGAAACGGACGUACCCAUUUACGUAUGUAAAUUGAGCAUGAAUGGGCCUUUAGGGUUGGGGUCACCUUUGAGCCAUGGUUGAACCGCUGUGGUUUAUCCUCAUGUUAAACAUGGAAACCAGAAGAUGUUCCCUUUUAAAUGGAGUCUACUCCCUGCAUUUUAGUCUUCCCUUUUUCUGUUAUGAGCCAAACCCUCAGUGAAAUUGAGGUUAGAGUUAAAGCUCCACAAAAUGGGUGGAUGUUAAAGGUCAAAUCAAUGGAACUUAAUCGUCUUGCCAACACUGUGCACAAAUGGAUUGUUAAAAGCUGUGUCCUCUCCUGACCUUUGCCCUCUCCGUGGUCAGCUCAUGGUUGGUUAUCUACUGCGCUGUGCAUCGUCAUCUCAAACUCAUCCUCAUCUCAGCUGAGCUACAGUUGAGCAACUUCAACUUCCAUCAAGGCUUCAGCACUGUUAGAGAGGAACGAUCCUGUUGAAUGAGGAUGUAGAAAAAGUGAAGAGCUUCACUUUGAAAGCGCAAGUAACAUCUCAUUUACUGUCGAACCAGUAAAGCAGUGAGAUCAGCAUCAUUGAAAUGAAACUCUCCACUUUAAGGCAUGUGUUCGAGACCACAACAUGCUCUUAGUCAUGAUACACUGAACCUCCAGGACAAAAAGAUCUCCGUUUUCUAACAAUAUCCUUGGUUGAGGGUUGGCGGGUGGCGUUGAGUCAUAAGUACACGGUCUGUAUUCCAUUCCAGACAGCUGUGUUUGGAUUACAGCCUCGUCUGAGACAAAUCUGCAGUUCUGGGAUAGACUGAAGACUCAUCCCAAAAAAACAACACUUGAAUGUUUCC